CAUUCCACCAGAGCUGGAGUUUACUCUCCCAGCCCUGGGAGCUUUGAGAAAAACUUGGCAGGGGCCACACUCAGGCUUAAAGCUUGCUGGCCAAUUAAAGUCACCUUGUCCUCUGCUGCCUUUGGGCUCUGCCCUCUCUUGGCUGCAUUUGGGGCCAAACUUCCCCGUGGGAGGCUGAGUCAGCAGAUCGCCUUCUCCAGCAGUCCUGGAGGAACCUGAAUGAUUAUAGGCAUUAAGGCCUGUAUUCCGCUGAAGCAGAACACAGAAGCCCUUUUGCAUUUCUUGAGUGCUUGAGCAAGGCCAGAGGCAAUAGCAUGAUGCCAUGGCUAAGAGGACGGGUCCUCAAGGUGCUGAGAAGUGCCCGGGGAUUCUAUGGGCCUCCUGGGCAACCACCACCUCUCCCUGCCCCUCAGAAGAUUGUGGCCACCUGGGAAGCCAUCAGCCUGGGGAGGCAGCCAGUGCCUGAGUACUUCAACUUUGCCCAUGAUGUACUGGACUCGUGGAGUCAGCUAGAAAAGGCUGGACACCGGCCCCCGAUCCCUGCAUUCUGGUGGGUCAGUGGCACAGGAGCAGAGGUCAAGUGGAACUUUGAGGAGCUGGGGGAGCAGUCCAGGAGGGCCGCUAAUGUGCUCAGGGACAUGUGUAGCCUUCAGCCUGGAGACAGGAUGAUGCUGGUGCUCCCACGGCUCCCAGAGUGGUGGCUGGUCAGCGUGGCAUGUAUACGGACAGGGGCUGUCAUGAUUCCGGGUGUCUCUCAGCUGACGGAGAAGGACCUCAAAUACCGGCUGCAGGCAUCCAGGGCCAAGGCCAUUAUCACCAGUGACUCCCUGGCUCCGAGGGUCGAUGCCAUUAUUGCUGACUGCCCUGCCCUUCAGACCAAGCUACUGGUGUCAGACAGUAGUCGGCCAGGCUGGAUGAACUUCAGGGAACUCCUCCGCAAGGCAUCCAAAGAGCACAACUGUGUGAGGACCAAGAGUCAAGAUCCACUGGCCAUCUACUUCACAAGCGGCACUACCGGGGCCCCCAAGAUGGUUGAGCACUCCCAGGCCAGCUAUGGACUGGGUUUUGUUGCCAGUGGAAGGCGAUGGGUGGACUUGACCCAAUCAGACAUCUUUUGGAAUACAUCAGACACGGGCUGGGUGAAGGCAGCUUGGACCCUCUUCUCUGCCUGGCCUCAUGGAUCUUGCAUUUUUGUGCAUGAACUGCCCCGAGUUGAUGCCAAGCUUAUUCUGAAUACUCUCUCCAGUUUCCCAAUCACCACCCUCUGCUGUGUUCCCACCAUCUUCCGGCUGCUUGUACAGGAGGAUCUGACCAGGUACCAGUUUCAGAGCCUGAGGCACUGCUUGACGGGAGGAGAAGCCCUGAAUCCUGACGUGAGAGAGAAAUGGAAGAGCCAAGUGGGUCUGGAGCUGCACGAAGGCUAUGGCCAGUCUGAAACAGUUGUAAUCUGUGCCAAUCCAAAAGGCAUGAAAAUCAAAUCUGGAUCCAUGGGGAAAGCGUCCCCACCUUACGAUGUGCAGAUUGUGGAUGAUGAGGGCAACAUCCUGCCUCCGGGAGAAGAGGGAAAUGUUGCUGUCCGAGUCAGGCCCACCCGGCCCUUCUGUUUCUUCAGUUGCUAUUUGGACAAUCCUGAGAAGACAGAGGCUUCAGAACGAGGGGACUUUUACAUCACAGGGGACCGAGCCCACAGGGACAAGGAUGGCUACUUUUGGUUCCUGGGAAGAAAUGAUGAUGUGAUCAAUUCCUCAAGCUACCGGAUUGGGCCUGUUGAAGUGGAAAGUGCCCUUGCCGAGCACCCAGCUGUUCUGGAGGCUGCUGUGGUCAGCAGCCCGGACCCCAUCAGAGGGGAGGUAGUGAAGGCCUUUAUAGUCCUUUCUCCAACUUACUCCUCUCAAGAUCCAGAGAAACUAACUCAUGAGCUCCAAAAGCACGUGAAGAGGGUGACUGCUCCUUACAAGUACCCCAGGAAGGUGGCCUUUGUUUCAGAACUGCCCAAGACGGUUUCUGGGAAGAUCCAAAGAAGUAAAUUGAGAAGCCAAGAGUGGAAGGAGACAAGAGGCAGCCCCCUAAAUGUCCCAUAGGCCUCUGAAGCUUCUAAGAGGAACUGGUGCGAU